AAGAUUAUAUAAAGAUCUCUUAAAAUAUUCCAAGACACUGAAAUACACUGAUAAAAAUUAUUUCUUAAAUCAGGUUAAAAAAGAAUUCACCAAAAAUAGAAACCUAACAAGUACAGAAGAAAUUAGCUAUCAUUUCAGAAGAGGAGAGAACUUUCUAAAAAAUAAAAGAUUGUUGUAAAGAUAGAAAAGGAUAUGUCUCUUUCAUGGUGGUGUCCAGUAACUUUUAGGAGACAGUCUGUUCAAUUAUUUUUCAGCAUAUAUAAACAUAAAAGUUCUAUAGACUAUACAAAAUUCCCAAAGUUGGAUGAGAAAGAUAUUGAAGAGCAAUUUAUAAAAGGUCAUGGACCAGGAGGUUCCAAUGUUAAUAAAUCUAUAAACUGUGUUUUAUUAAAGCAUAUACCUACAGGUAUUGUAGUGAAAUGCCAUGAAUCAAGACUUCUACAAGAAAAUCAGAAAAUUGCAAGAGAAAGACUGUUGAGUAAAUUAGAUGAACAUUAUAAUGGUGAUAUGAGUGUUACAGCUCAAAAGAAAAGAAUUGAGAAGAGAAAACAAAUUGCUUGUGAUAGCAAAAAUGAAAAGUUACGGCAGUUGAAGAAACAGUUUAUUGAGAGUAAUAAACUAGAGAAAUAAAUUCCAUUGAUUUUGUGUUA